UCUUCACUCACAAGCAAGUGACUACCACGUUUAUCCGCGAUGCGCAUAAUUUCAUGAAUAAACUAUUGAAAUGUGUCGAGUGUGCCAGAGUCUAUUACUCGGCAGUGAUUAGAAAGUCCUUCCCUUUGCAAACCACGAGUGACCGAACAUGUCAGAAUUAUCGGAGAAGCGACAAGACGAGUUACUGAGUGCCCUAGAUAAACUGGGUGACGGAUCAAAAUUCCUGUGGCUAGUUUUCACCCUAACACUCACCCCAACGGUAUUUAACGGACUUCAGUCCAUGUCCUACGUCUUCACCACCGAGAUUCCACCGUACUGGUGUACAGUUCCGGAACUGGUUUCCGCUAAUUGGACGAGCGAGGAAAUAAGAAGGAUAUCCUCAGCUGGUGAAUGCAUAAUGUAUAACUACGAUUACAAGUAUUUAGCUAGACUGGGAUACGAGGAGGCUGUCAAGUACGUCGAAGACCUCUCGGAGAGGCCAGGUAGCUCAUCCUGUUCAUCCUUUAUCUUUGGAGACGUUGGAAGAUCGACAGUUGUUCAAGAAUGGGAUUUGGUGUGCACCAGAGCUGCAGAUCGUGCCAACACAUUCAUGGCAUUUUCACUCGGCAAACUAAUGGGAUCUGGUAUCUUCGGGGUUUACGCGGAUAAAAGUGGGCGCAGACGGACUUUUAUCAUCGGAAUUAUCCUCCAGAUACUCUCUGGACCAGCGAGUGCACUGGUCCCAUGGUUCUGGGGGUACAUGGGCCUCAGGUGGAUCACUGGGCUCAGCUCAGCUGCUGUUGGAUACUCAUCUCUGACUAUUUUGACCGAAGUGUCUGGGAGUCGACACAGGCAGUGGCUCGGGAUUGCCUUCAAUGCUGGGUACCCAAUUGGUACUGCUAUUCUAGCAGGACUCGCCUAUCAAUUUCGCGACUGGAGAAAUUUGCAAAUGGCUAUCUCACUUGGAUCCUUACUACUCAUAAUUCACGCCUGUUUGAUGCCGGAAUCCCCUAGAUGGUUGAUCACCCAAAAUCGUCGAGAGGAGGCACGGAAAAUCAUCGAGAAAUAUUAUGGACCCGUUCCUACGACCCCUGUACCGAUGUCCAUGUCCUCGGACCAGCGAAAUAACAAACAAAACGGUAUCCACGAGGAGAAAAAAGAAAAUUUCAUUCAGAGGAACAUGAAGAGCCUGAGAAUUCUCUUCUCAAAUUCGGAAUUGAGAAAGAGACUCAUCAUCAUGUACCUCUCUUGGCUUACAUCGUCAUUGUCGUAUUACGCGAUAGCGCUGAACGCCGAUAAUUUCACUGACAACCAUUAUCUGUAUGUCCUGAUAAUGGGCUUCACAGAGAUUCCCGCGUACAUAAUUCCAUCGAUCAUCCUCAUGUUCCUGGGACGACGAGCAGCUGGAUCCCUCCUGUACAUUCUCGGAGCAGUCUGCCUCCUGUGCAUCCUGGCAAUUCCCCAGGAUUUGACUGGAGCGAUAAUGGGAGUGGCACUCACCGGGAGGUUCACCCUCUCAGCAGUUUACGGUAUUGUCAUCCUCUACACCUCGGAGUUGUUCCCAACGGUCGCCAGGAACUCCGCAGUUGGCACCAGCUGUGUCAUGGCACACGUUGGAACAAUAAUUGCACCUUAUGUAUCUGAUCUGCUGGGGUCGGUGGCCUGGUGGGCCCCUAGCACCAUCUGCGGAAGUUUAGCACUUGUCUCUGGGAUUCUUUGUCUUGGUUUACCUGAGACCAGAGGAAGAGGUCUUGCUGAUACCGUUGAAGAGGAGACUGGAGAGGGCAGGGAGAACACUUCCUUCAAAAAGUGUUUCCCAUUUUAUUCUGGAAAUAAAGAAUUUCAGCCCUCGAGUAAUAAUUAACAAAAUGUGAAUGUAAAGAAAACAAUAAAUAAAUACAUAGAUAUUUUAUUCA